AUGUUCUCGUACUCGUCUGUUUCGUUGUUUACACUGCUGUGCUCCGCCCUCUCCUACCCCAGCGUCUUCCCAACGAGCAACAGCACCAACAGCAAUAGCACAAAAUGCCGCUGCUUUCCCGGCGACGACUGCUGGCCCUCGCAAGAAGAAUGGAACAACUUCAACAAGACGGUCGGCGGCAAACUCAUCGCUACUGUGCCCAUUGGAAGCGUCUGCCACAACUCAGACUUCGGCUCGUUCGACGAAGAGGCAUGCCGGACUUUGCAAGGCCACUGGCCAUACCCCAAAACGCACUUUGAGUCCAGCUCGUCCAUCAUGGCGCCCUACUUCACCAACUACAGCUGCAACCCGUUCUCGAAGCCGGAUGCUCAGUGCACCAUGGGCAACUACGUCUCGUACGCCGUCAACGCUACGGGGACGGAGGACUACCAAGACACCAUUGCCUUCGUUCGCAAGCACAACAUCCGCAUGGUCAUUCGAAACACUGGCCACGACUACCUCGGCAAGUCCACCGGUGCAGGAGCUCUAGCAAUCUGGACGCAUCACAUGAAAGACAUGGAGCUGAUAGACUACAAGUCUCCUUCAUACACCGGCAAAGCGAUGAAGAUGGGCGCCGGCGUCCAAGUCUGGGAAUCGUAUAAAUUCACGCACGACCACGGCUACACGAACGUCGGUGGUGACUGCGCCACCGUCGGCGUAGCAGGCGGGUACACACAGGGCGGCGGCCAUGGGCCUGGUGCUUCAAAGUUCGGUCCAGCCGCUGACCAGGCGCUGGAGUGGGAAGUCGUCACAGGCACUGGCGAGGUGCUCACAGCGAACCAAGAGCAGAACCAAGAUCUCUACUGGGCUCUGUCCGGGGGAGGGGGCGGGACCUAUGGCGUCGUCAGUUCGCUGACUGUUAAGGUGUAUCCUGACCUGAAGAGCUCUGCCGCAAACCUGACGUUCCCCUUUGAAGGCACGAACAAUGAGUCCUUCUGGGAUGCCGUGGAAACAUUCAUCCACGAAUCACCCAGUCUUAUGGAGAGCGGCUGCUUCGCCAUCUGGUCCUUCGACGCCAAAGAAGGAUUCCGUUUGUGGCCGACAAACUGUCCCGGGCUGCCUCAAGCGGAUCUGCAGAAGAUUCUGAGCCCGACGCUGGAGAAGCUGAGACAGCACAAUAUCUCACACAAAUUCAUGAUCGACGAGUUCGACACAUUCUACUCCAGCUACCAGACCUUCAACGCCCGCCACGAAAUCAGCACCACCAUCCAAGGCAGCCGUCUCAUCCCCCGCUCCGUCUUCGACACAAACUUCACCCAACUAAUGUCCAUAUACCGCCACUACGUCGCCGCCGGCCUCUCUGUCGCCGCAACAGCCAACAACGAAUCCAUGCAAAACUUCCCCCCCACCACCAACUCCGUCGACCCGGUGCGUCGGCAGGCCGUCUUCAAUUCCAUGAUGUCGAUGCCGUUGCAUCCGACCGACCACGCCAUAAACCAAGCCCGCUACGCCGAAAUGACGAACACAUACCUCCCCUUGCUGACCAACCUCACCCCCGGCGCGCGCGCGUACAUGAACGAGGCGGAUUACCAGCAGCCGGAUUGGCAGAAGGUGUUCUACGGGGAGAAUUACGCGAGGUUGUUAGGGGUUAAAGAUAAGUACGAUCCGGAGGGGAUUUUCUUCGCGGUGACGGGGGUGGGGAGUGAGCAGUGGUUUCAAGAUCGGGAUUCUAGGUUGUGUCGGGUGAGGUAG